AGCACUAAAUAGAUCCAGUGUUUAUGAUGACAACACGAACCUGUUGCGGGCGACAAUUCAACGCCCCACAGUAUUCUUCUUGGUCAUUGGAGGCAAACAGCCACCGUAACAACAUGGGAGCCGUUCAAUCUGGACCUACUGAGCACGAGUUUCAAGAUAUUGCAGACAGGACUGGUUUCAGUCUGGAACAGAUCAGAAACUUGCACAAGAGGUUCAAGUGGCUGAACAACCAUCAAGAAACUUUGAGGCGGGAGGACUUUGAGAAGGUGUUAAAUCUUUCACUGAACCCAAUACGGGCCAAAAUCAUCCAAGCCUUUUUUGACAAAAGAAACUUUGGAAUGAACGAGGUGGGUUUAGUUGAGGAGAUUGGCUUUGAAGAGUUCCUGACAGUGAUGUCUUACUUCAAACCCCCAAACAAGAAGCUCACAGAGGACGAGACAGAAGCCCUGAGGACGAAAAAGCUUCGCUUUCUAUUCAACAUGCACGAUACUGACAAUGAUGGGACCAUAACACUUGAGGAGUACAGACACCUGGUUGAAAAGCUUCUGUCCACUUGUGAAACCCUUGAACAAGACACUGCCCAAGACAUCGCUGAUGCUGCCAUGUUGGAGGUGGCAAGAACUACAGUUGUGCACAUGGAGCCGCAUGAAGUCUAUGAGGGAGUCACAUUUGAACAAUUUCAGCAGAUUCUAAAAGGGAUAGAGCUUGAGACAAAGAUGAACGUUCGCUUCCUGCAGGUGAACACAACCACAAUGCACUGUGGGAAAUGAGUCCUCUCCUUCUGUGUCUGAUUGCAGCAGCUCCAAAGUUCUCCCAAGUGAAACCCUAAAUUUAGCCUCCAUGCCCCCCCCC